CAUUUUCCGAUAGACUUUUGAAUCAUGGACCUAGCAGAUUUCUUAGGGGCGUUCGUUUUUGAACAAAGAGAAGAAACUCUUUGUUCCAUAAAAUUUUGGUCACGCGACGAACAAAUCCGUCGCCUCUCGGAUGGUAAAAACGAACUCCCCUAUCGAUCAAAGAUUCGAUAGAGGGAUCUUUGAGAUCACAGAAUCAGGAAAAGCAAUGCAGAUGCAUAGAGUGGGAAGCAUCGAAGCAUUUGACUAGCAUAAUCCGAAAACUCUGUGCUUUCGAAGAUCACAGAAAGGUAAUGCAAAUGCAUAGAUUUCUGUGGGAAGCAUCGAAGUAUGUUUCUUAGCGUAAUUCUCUGUGCUCUCAAAAUCGAUGCUGUCUGUAGAUGCAUAGAAGAGGCUAGUUUGAUUGAUUUUCCAGUAUAAUUAAAGAAACUCUGUGCUCUCAAGAGCGUCAGAUUCACUUUUCAGGUAGAUAUAAAAACGUCUUCGAUGAUUCAGGCGUUUUAUACGGUUAGGUGGAGCACAAUCUCGUGCUUAAAACCUGCCGUCAAAGUGGAAUAUGUUCAUCGAGCUGCCGGGCCUCUUGGAAGGAACCCCGCAGCACCUUCAUCCAUCUAAAAUUUCUAUUUCAGCCUCGUUCGACAUGGAAGCCACCGCUGCUUUCCCAGCCUCCUCUGCAAAAUGGCGAGAAUCAAAACUCCACGCAGUUCGCGGAAAUAAUAAACAUGCUGAAAGACGACGUGACGGAGAUGAACCCCAAGAUAUUCCUGUUCGUGAAUCCCUACGAGGUAAAUCCAGGAAGUUCCGCACAGGGCCAGUCUGGGAACUGUCGCACGUCCCAGACAUAUCCGAUUUCGGUCAAGACAGAUUCUGGAGAUCGCAGCAAUUGCGAAUAUCGGGAACCGUGCUCCAGAACAGUCAAACUGGAAAUGGAGGAAUUUUCGGACCUUGGCGAUUUGAUCCCCUACGCAAGGGAGAGGUCUGUCAUGGAUGAACUCGAUUUUGCGAUAGCGGAUCCUGAGGGAAUGACCGACUUAACUAUGCAUUCAUACGUUUCACCAAGCCUGAAAGAUCUUGUCGACGCGCAAGAUUUUCGCAAGUGUGAAAAAAUCCAACAACAACAACAACUUUAUAUCGAUAAUCAACACGUUAAUCUAGAAGAUAUAUCUGGAGACGAAUUCAGAAUAUUGCAACAAGAACUUUCUACUAGUUGUGCGAAUAGCGCUCAAAGCGAGCAAACUAAUAAUAAUAAUAAUAUUAAUAGUAAGAUAAUCCUACAUAACAGCUUAAGGGAUAGAGGCACGUCGAAUAUUUUCAAUUUCGAAGCGGUGGCCAACCCGUACGUGAUCAACACCGAUCACGGUUACGCAAACAUGUCUUCGCCGUCAGAGGCGUCUGUCACGCCUCAGUACAGCCCCGUGGGGCCGUCGGAGACUUUCAGGGGCUACGUCGAUAAACAGCCGCCUUUCAGGCAGAGUUUAUCCGGGCUCAACCUCGGAGUCAAACUAUUCGUGGGAGACACACUGAACACUCCCGAUAUCUUGGAAUCGGUGGUCAGUCUGGAAGACGACAGGUUCAACUUUCUGAGGAAUUUGGACGAGGAUCAGAAGUUGAAAACAAUAAACGAAAAUGACCUCAUAUUCCAACCUCUGCCGUCGCCGGAGAGCGACACGAACCCAGUCCAGGCGAAAACCGAACCCAAACCGCUGUCGGCCGCCCGAUGGACGUUUACUCCAGAGGAAUUCGAAGACGAUGACGACGACGAUGACUAUGUGCCACCCAAGAGAAUUCGUACAAGUAAAAAAGCGACAAAAGUGAUCGAAAGCGACGACCCAGAGAGCGACGAAGAUUACGUUCCUUCCAAAACCUUGAAGAAGAGGACGAGGAGGACGUCUUCGAUCUCUUCAGACUCCUCCAAAGACAGUAGUCGAGUUUCCAAGUACAGGGAGCUUAGGGAUAAGAAUAACGAGGCUUCGAGGAAGUCCAGGCUGAAGCGCAAGCUGAAGGAGCAAGAGAUGGAGGUGGAGCUGCAAGAACUGGAAAGUAAGAACGUGAAACUGAAGGCGGAAGUCGAAGAACUCAAGAGGACGGUCGAUAAUUUCAGAUCGAAUUUGUUCAAAAUAAUGGCGAGGAAAUGAGUUGAAUUUAUUCGAUGUUUAUUUUAAACAUUAAUGUUUUAGUUAAGUAAGGUUUGCGUUUAACUCAUCUUGAUGGAAUUUGUUUUAUAAAUAUUCUAAGAUGAGAUUGUUUAUGUCCUGUUAUAUUUUUUAUUGGACAUGUUUAAUGUAAGUUUAAUCGAUUGAUUUCAAUCCCUUAUUUGUUUGGGAUGCUUAAAAGAAUAAUUAUUUUCAAUUAUUGAUAUUGUAAUUUUUAAUGAUGAAUAAAUAAACAUGUAGUUCUUGUUGA